UUUACUCAAAGCAGUUGCAGUUGAUUCCCGACGGGUGAACUGAGCGAAAGUAAAAGUGUGAUCCAGAAAAGAAAUUUUCAUAAAUCCAAAAAAGAUGUCGAAAAUUGGUAUUAACGGAUUUGGCCGCAUCGGUCGUCUGGUGCUGCGCGCCGCCAUCGACAAGGGCGCCACCGUCGUUGCUGUCAACGAUCCAUUCAUCGAUGUCAGCUACAUGGUCUACUUGUUCAAGUUCGAUUCCACCCACGGCCGUUUCAAGGGCACCGUGUCCGCCGAGGGCGGCUUCCUGGUCGUCAACGGCCAGAAGAUCACCGUGUUCAGCGAACGCGACCCCGCCAACAUCAACUGGGCCAGCGCUGGUGCUGAGUAUGUUGUUGAGUCCACCGGUGUCUUCACCACCACCGAGAAGGCCUCCACUCACUUGAAGGGUGGCGCCAAGAAGGUCAUCAUCUCGGCCCCAUCUGCCGACGCACCAAUGUUCGUCUGCGGCGUCAACUUGGAUGCCUACACCCCCGACAUGAAGGUUGUGUCCAACGCCUCGUGCACCACCAACUGCUUGGCUCCCUUGGCCAAGGUCAUCAACGACAACUUCGAGAUCGUUGAGGGUCUGAUGACCACCGUGCAUGCCACCACUGCCACCCAGAAGACCGUCGAUGGCCCCUCCGGCAAGUUGUGGCGUGAUGGCCGUGGCGCUGCCCAAAACAUCAUUCCAGCAUCGACUGGUGCUGCCAAGGCUGUUGGCAAAGUGAUCCCAGCUCUCAAUGGCAAAUUGACUGGCAUGGCUUUCCGUGUCCCCACACCCAAUGUGUCCGUUGUCGAUUUGACCGUGCGUCUGGGCAAGGGCGCCACUUACGAUGAGAUUAAGGCCAAGGUGCAGGAGGCUGCCAAUGGACCAUUGAAGGGCAUUUUGGGCUACACCGAUGAGGAGGUUGUCUCCACCGACUUCCUCAGCGACACUCACUCCUCGGUGUUCGACGCCAAGGCUGGCAUCUCUCUGAACGACAAGUUCGUGAAGUUGAUUUCGUGGUACGACAACGAGUUCGGUUACUCCAACCGUGUCAUUGACUUGAUCAAGUACAUGCAGAGCAAGGAUUAAAUACACAGGCUAAAUAAAAAAGAACAACAA